UUUUUAAACAGCUCCACCUGCUGGUUAUUGCUCAUGCUUUGAGGCUUCACUGCCACACCCAUUUCGAAUGAAUUGUGUCUGAGCAAAGACAGAAAUGAGGUCAAUUCUCACUGUGCAGUGUUUCCUCCACAUUAGGUUUAGAUUUUAAACAUUAGGCAUUUAGAUUUAGAAUGUGGAACUUGAUAUUGAUAGCUAGCAACUCAUAGCACCAAACAUUUAACACAGAAGAAGCAGCUUUUUCAGGUCUGUGAGACUUUCAACAAUUUUUUCUGCUCUGCUUUCUCCUUUGCCUUUCCUCCAACCCUGAACCAGAACAUCAUAUGUAAAAUGCAAUAGAAAAUAUUAGUCUGGCUUUUCAGCCACAUUUGUAACAGCUUAGAUGUCAUAGAUGGGACUAUAUGUAAUACAGACAUUAACAUAUCUCAGAUUUUCUGAAGGUCACACAGACAAAUGUGUGUACAUUUAAAAUAUAGAAAAUGACUUAAAAACCAGUUUUAAACAAAACACCCACCCUGUCUGAGUCUUCUUUAUCUCAUUUAGGAAGUAGCUGUAUACUAACAACAAAGCUUGUUGCAUAUCCGAUUACUCUGGUCAACUGUUUCGCCACCUUAUUCUGAUCACAUUACCAUUUAAAAUUUAUAGCCCAUGACACCUCUGUUGGCUAGGACAUUGUUUCUGACACAAAAGAACAAGUGUUGAAGUUCAUUGGUCACUUUUUGAAGAUGCAUCCCCUUUUCUGUGAACUUCCAGUUAUAACAAAUGCAUGGACCUCUGGUGUCUGUGGAAAUGGAUUUCUUGUAGAACAGCUUUAACAAGAUAGGGGUUUUGAGGAAGUUUUGUUAUCUUACUGGACGGCUCUAAAUAAUUAUCAACAUGCGGAGAAUGCUUCCUGCCACGGAGGCGGUCAAAAUCUACCAGACAAACUAUGUGAGAAAUGCCAGAGCCAUAGGUGUCUUGUGGGCAAUUUUCACAAUCUGCUUUGCCAUCAUCACAGUGGUGGUGUUUAUUCAGCCGUACUGGAUAGGCGACAGUGUCAACACACCACAGUCUGGCUACUUCGGGCUCUUCUACUACUGCAUAGGUAACCCCAUCACCUCAGAGCUUGUCUGCAAGGGCAGCGUGCUUGACUUUAGCUCUAUUCCAUCCGGAGCAUUUAAGACUGCCAUGUUCUUUGUGGGAACUGCGAUGCUACUAAAUGUCGGAACGAUGGUCUCCUUCAGCCUCUUCUUUUUCUGCAGUGCAGCCAGUGUGUACAAGAUAUGUGCAUGGAUACAGACUUCAUCAGCUUUGCUGAUGGUACUGGGCUGUAUGAUUUACCCUGAUGGAUGGGACUCUCCUGAGGUAAAGCGCAUGUGUGGCGAGCAGACGAGUAAGUACACACUGGGGAACUGCACGGUGCGUUGGGCCUACAUUCUAGCCAUCAUCUGCAUCCUGGAUGCACUCAUGCUUGCACUUGUGGCCUUCACUCUGGGAAACAGACAGGACAGCCUGCUGCCUGAUGAAUUCCAACUGGAGACAGGGGAAGAGUCAAAAAACUGAAUCCAGAAGCUGUUCUGACAACUGAAGAUUCACAAUGAGCAUCCCAUAGCCACUGAGCAUGACCACCCUGGCAGAUUGGUGUAUACUAAAAUUGGUAGAAUCUAAACAAAAACAUUACAAACUUGAUGUAUAGUAAACAUUUUAAAAAACACUUUGCAGUCUAUGUGAGUUUUCUCCAUCUCAAACAA